CCCCGCCCUCCCCGGCCGCCAUGGGGCCAGCCGCAGGGAACCUGGUGCAGGCCGUCCUGGCGCUCUGCUGGCUCGCAGGGCGCUGCGCGGGGAUAAGCUCCAUAGACAUUGAGCGCCCCGGCGACGGGAGGUGCCAGCCGAUAGAAAUCCCCAUGUGCAAGGAUAUAGGGUACAACAUGACGAGGAUGCCGAACCUGAUGGGACACGAAAACCAAAGGGAAGCGGCCAUUCAGCUGCACGAGUUUGCCCCCUUGGUGGAGUACGGUUGCCACAGCCAUCUGAAAUUUUUCCUCUGCUCCCUCUACGCCCCUAUGUGCACUGAGCAGGUUUCUACACCGAUCCCAGCCUGCAGGGUCAUGUGCGAGCAGGCGAGGCUGAAAUGCUCUCCUAUCAUGGAGCAGUUCAACUUCAAAUGGCCAGACUCCUUAGACUGCAGCAAGCUGCCCAACAAGAACGACCCCAAUUACCUGUGCAUGGAGGCCCCCAACAACGGGUCAGACGAGCCGCCCAGGGGAUCCAGCAUGCUGCCACCCAUGUUCCGGCCACAGAGGCCCAGCAGUGGCCAUGACCUGCAGCAGCACAAGGACAGCCUCAGCAGGACCUCCUGUGAAAAUCCGGGCAAGUUCCACCAUGUGGAAAAGAGCGCUUCCUGCGCACCACUCUGCACCCCGGGGGUUGAUGUUUACUGGAGCAAGGAUGACAAGCAGUUUGCUGUCAUUUGGAUUGCUAUCUGGUCCAUUCUGUGCUUCUUCUCCAGCGCUUUCACUGUACUCACUUUUCUGAUAGAUCCUCAGCGCUUCAAGUACCCCGAGAGGCCCAUCAUCUUCCUUUCCAUGUGCUACUGCGUCUACUCAGUGGGGUACAUCAUCCGCCUCUUUUCGGGUGCUGAGAGCAUUGCCUGUGACAGGGACAGUGGCCAGCUCUAUGUCAUCCAGGAGGGACUGGAGAGCACUGGCUGCACCAUUGUGUUCCUGGUUCUGUAUUACUUUGGUAUGGCCAGUUCCUUGUGGUGGGUAAUCUUGACUUUAACUUGGUUUCUAGCGGCUGGGAAAAAAUGGGGGCACGAAGCAAUUGAAGCAAACAGUAGCUACUUUCAUUUGGCAGCCUGGGCCAUUCCAGCUGUGAAGACCAUAAUGAUCCUAGUUAUGAGAAGGGUGGCUGGAGAUGAGCUGACAGGGUUGUGCUAUGUUGGAAGCAUGGAUGUGAAUGCCUUGACCGGGUUUGUACUCAUUCCUUUGGCUUGUUAUCUAAUCAUUGGCACUUCUUUUAUUCUUUCUGGUUUUGUGGCCCUUUUUCAUAUCAGAAGGGUGAUGAAAACAGGUGGAGAAAAUACCGACAAGUUGGAGAAACUUAUGGUCAGGAUUGGUGUCUUCUCAGUCUUGUACACAGUGCCUGCAACUUGCGUGAUAGCUUGCUAUUUUUAUGAAAGACUUAACAUGGAUUAUUGGAAAAUUGUGGCAACUCAACAGAAAUGCAAGAUGAACAAUCAGACUAAAAAUUUAGACUGCAUGAUGAAUAAUUCCAUUCCAGCAGUAGAAAUUUUUAUGGUCAAAAUUUUUAUGUUGUUAGUCGUGGGCAUUACUAGCGGUAUGUGGAUCUGGACUUCCAAGACUCUUCAGUCCUGGCAAAAUGUUUGUAGUCGAAGAUUAAAGAAGCGAAGUAGGAGAAAACCUGCAAGCGUUAUUACCAGUAGUGGAAUCUACAAAAAACCUCAGCAUCCACAAAAAACUCACCUUGCAAAAUAUGAAUCAACAUUGCAACCACCCACCUGUGUAUGAAUAGGCUCUAGAUGAAGUCACAAACAUCCACAAUAGCAGUCAAAUAUUGAAAAUUAAAUGGUGCUUUUUUUUUUUUUUUUGUCAGAGGACACUUUAAUACCUCAAGGCAAAAAGUGUCAUAGUGAAUUCAGGACCUGGUUAAAUACUGAAUAUGCUGAAGGUAAAUGUACUUAUGGAAAGGUUUUCAGUGAAAGAAAUAUUGUGAACUAAAACAGCCUCUUCUGUUACUAAUUUUUAGCUAUGUACUUCAUCCGGCCCUCUGAUAGUUAAAGAAAAACAGACAAAAAACCACCACCAACAACAAAAUACCUUGUUUAACUUUUUAAUGUAGCUGAGCUGGAUUUCCUACAGGUUUUUGAGUAACCAGAUAUAGCCAAGUUUUAUGGAGCAAUGACUUUCUUUUGAAAGCACCCAAGUGAGCAUUGUCUCUUAAGGAGAACGAAGGUCCCCCAGAGGCUUGUCCUCAGUGAGUGUGCUGGUCUGUGAAAGCAACUUCCGUGCUAACUUUGAGAGAGAGAGAAAUCCUUUACAACUCAUCUCAGCCUGCUGGGUUUGGGGUGCCUAAAAAUAGGUUCAAUCUAUAAUGCUCACCAAUAUUCUUUCACUAGAGGAGAAACUUCCUGCACCAGACACAAACUUUGUGAAUAAGAAUAAAGUGCAAUACAUUUUUUUUUUCUUACCAUGACAUGAAAAGAGAAACAAGUAUUUUGCUGUACAUAAAGACAACAAAAGAAAUCUCUUAACAAAAGAACUAAGAGGUCUAGUCCUCAGAAACCCUUUAGUGUUACAUUUUGUGGCUUUUUAAUGGAAAUCAAGCCAAUGUUAUACACGUUUGGACUGAUUUGUGGAAAAAAAAAAAGGGGGAGGGGGGUGUCAAUUCAAAGAGACCCAAAGGGCUUAUUGACUCUUUCUAUUGUUAAACAAAUUCUCACUAUGAAUAGAUCAAGAAGCACUAGAUUCUGCAAAGGGAAGCUUUGUAUAGAGUGAUGCUCUUUACUGUGCUGGGGGUGCACAGUUUUGGCUGUAUAUAUUUGUAAUAUACAAUUAUUUUUCAUGCUCCACUAUUUUAUUAAAAAUAAAAU